GCGAAGGAUGACUUUUGAUCCUUGCCGCUUCCUGCUGAACGGGAGGAACGCGAUGAGAUGACACUAUGUCAGUAGAAUCCCCUCGGAUAUACGAUAGUGAAAGAAACAGCUGGGAGCUCCCCCCGUAACGCUGAGAUAAGGUUCAUUGAAGAGGAGACUCGCUACCAAGUAGCUACGGCCUGUCAGAUAAAGCAGAUAACUCGGAGUGGAAGGGCUCAAUAGCUGAUACAAGCGUCAGUUUGCUAACGUGAUGGAUGUAUAAACAUUCCUAAUAGCCGCCUGGACUGUGUUUGGACAGAUAUGUAGAAAAGUAGGGCCAACAUUACAUCUGUGGGCAACAGAAGCGAUCGAGACAGAUAGCAGACGACCAUUUGAGACACGAGCAGACGAUAUCAUACUGGUAGUCUUUCUGGUAUAACGUUUCACAGUGAGUUGACUGAAACAACGCCAGGAUAUACGUGUUGUGCUUGAAGCCACACCGGAGUCAGUAACGCUGAUGCUGUGCAGAUGAUGUGGGUGCAUACAUGUGCAGGUGGUGCGAUGUAACGCGCAGUGCUGUUUCAACGAGGUGCAGACUCCCAACUCCAGAAGGAUACUCGGCUGCAUCUUCCCCUGUUGCCUGACCGACUGGACAAGUUCUUGUACCCAAACAGGGUGCUAGACGAUUGUUCGGAUGUUGUGUGCGCUGUGCCGGUGGUUGUUUUCGUCAGCUGACAAUGGUUCUAGGGUGGCAAAAUAUUACGGAACGACCAUACCACAAGCACCCCUCAGCAGUCCCCAAGAGAGACGCACGAUGCAUCUACGCGGUGUGUCUUGCUGCAAGCAUCAUCUCCAUCUUCAUCCUGGCCUAUGUGACGUCAUACAAGAUCAACAACGGCCAUUUUGUAAGACAUUAUCAACUCGGCGGCGUGCAGUCUGCUCGCAGUGGAAAUGGAACAGACGAAAGUACCAUGCAAAUUGUGGGUUUUGUUAAUAAAAAUGGUGACCAUAUACGAUUAGACUCGAUAAUGGGAUACUCCCCAAAGGUGUUCUCGAACUCCGGUGGAAGAAAAAUGGCAGUGACACUAAGCCUGUCGGUCCCACGGCCUCGGGGGUCGGUUUUGGGGGCCGGGCCAAGUUGAAUUGUGAACCUGGGAAUCAUACGUCGGACAUACUCAGCAUGGCACCCUACAAGUUUCUUCCAAAUUUUAAGAAUCCAUGUUGGUAUGAACCGAUGGUGAAACCAGAUGUGUACAAGACCAACCAGUUUAAACAAUUUUCAAAGUAUUGCCGUAACUUAUUCAAAGACUUAACAGAGGAAUGGCGGAAGAAAAUGGAACAGGAUGCCCAGCCUCGGAGACUUCGAUGUCUCCCGUACUUUUUUAUUGCCGGGCAACCCAAGUGUGGCAGCACGGACCUGUACUUUAAGCUGAUGUCACAUCCGGACGUGGUGUCCCCGCCAAUGAAGGAGUCUCAUUGGUGGGCUAAAAAUAGAUUUGUUGUAUACGCAACUUCAGGUUGGAGACUUAACUUCACGUCCACGAUACCAAUCAGUGACUACAUCGAUUUGUACGACAAGGCGGCGUUAUUCAUGGAACACGUCAACGACCCCAACACAUCAGAGGAACAGGAGGGGUACCACCAGUUGAUUACAGGUGACGCUAGUGUGUCCACGCUAUGGUUCAAUGACUACUGGUGGCAGCUGCCGGAGAACUGCGGGUCUGUGGAACCCAAGUACACGAACGCCCACUACAUCCGCUACCUUCUACCCAAGGCCAAGAUCAUCGUAAUACUGAGGGACCCGACUGAGAGACUAUACUCGGAUUACCUUUAUUUCCAAAAACACCGGAAGUCACCGGACGAUUUCCACCGAGAAGUAUUGAUGGCCAUCAGCUCCCAUGAAAGAUGUGUGAACAAAACUACACUGCGGUCGUGUAUCAAUAACAGAACGAUCGCCAACACUGCCAGGGUGCGGCUACGUAUAGGGAUGUACUAUGCAUACAUACAGGAGUGGCUGCGGGUGUUCCCUCGACACCAACUCCACAUCGUCAGACUCGAAGACUACGCCGACGAACCCAUGGACAUCCUCAAAGGCAUCUUCAAGUUUCUCACGCUCAGAGCGCUGACGUCGGACGAAGAAGAGUCUAUAUUCCGGAAGCCUAUCGUAGCUAACGCUCGGAGAUCCAAGGAUAAAGACCUCGGUGUGAUGCGAGAAGAUACAAGGGAAAUCCUCAACAAUUUCUACAUGCCCUUCAACCAAAAACUCUCCAUCCUCCUUCACGACCCCAAGUACCUAUGGACUCCUCAGUAGCCAGUGUCUUCAGUUCUUCAUCCUCCUUCACGACCCCCAGUACCUGGGGACGCCUCAAUAGCCAGUGUCUUCAGUUCUCCAUCCUCCUUCACGACCCCAAGUACCUAUGGACUCCUCAGUAGCCAGUGUCUUCAGUUCUCCAUCCUCCUUCACGACCCCAAGUACCUAUGGACUCUUCAAUAGCCAGUGUCUUCAAUAGCCAGUGUCAAGGGAAAUCCUCAACAAUUUCUACAUGCCCUUCAACCAAAACUCUCAAUCCUUCUUCACGACCCCAAGUACCUAUGGACUCCUCAAUAGCCAGUGUCUUCAUUUCUUUAUUCUCCUUCACGACCCCAAGUACCUAUGGACUCCUCAGUAGCCAGUGUCUUCAGUUCUCCAUCCUCCUUCACGACCCCAAGUACCUAUGGACUCUUCAAUAGCCAGUGUCUUCAAUAGCCAGUGUCAAGGGAAAUCCUCAACAAUUUCUACAUGCCCUUCAACCAAAACUCUCAAUCCUUCUUCACGACCCCAAGUACCUAUGGACUCCUUAAUAGCCAGUGUCUUCAGUUCUCCAUCCAGUGUGUCCACGGCGCCAGUGACCUCUAGCAUGUCCACAAACCUGUGGUCAGGCAGAGGUUUGACCAUUUGACCCAAGCCAACGUUUUCUGACCAGAUACGCUUUGGUCCUCGAAUUUAUGGCAUGUAGAACAAAAGAGCAACGUUCUGGUACUUUACGUUUGUUCCCCACCGCAACCCAAUCCAUAUAGUAAAACCCCAUUACUUCAGACCCCGUCAAUCGCGGACACCCAUUUUUCCUUGCAAAAUAUUUAUUUGAUAUUGAGGACAUUCCCUGUACUAUUACUUCGUAAAUGAAAAAUGUUUCAACCCAAACCUUUUCGUUGGUUUCCUGAAAGCUACACUGUCUGGAUUAAAGAGGUUACUGAAUCAUUGAUGAAACAUAAUGAUUUUUUUCUUUUCCACAAAACGUCCAAGGAUAAGGAUAGAGCAUAACUUGUAUUGUUUUUAUCAAACCAUCACUGAAUAUCAGAACAGUUGUUAUUUAGGAUACCAAUAGCCAAAUAGCUGGAUGCGGAGAGAUGAAAGGGACCAUGCAUUGUUGAUGAUAUUCCAGUCGGGCGUCAGAGGACGUUAUGUAGGACUUCAACUCUCACUGGUAACUCCAAGCGCGGGAUUGUUUGGCAGUAAUAUUUAUGAAUCUCAUGGACGUUGGAUAACAUGUGCACAUAAUCAAAGGAAACGUAUUGCUUUAUGACAAUGUUCCAAGAGCAAACCAAAACGACCCGAUUCCAGAGAUUUGGCAUGCGUCAAAGGAUUUUACGUCCGUGUGGAUGAAUCACUGACGUCAUUGGGGACGCUGUUGAAAGGGAGAUAACUUGCAAACUAAGUGCGCAUUGAAAGUGGCUAUUGUGCCUAGUGGGCCGUGUACUCCCUCGUCGCUUCAAAGACAUUUAUUCUGUUCUUAACAUGGGCACAAGGUGGGACGUCUUCUUAAUGUAUCUGGAACAUUUUGAGAAAUGUCGGAAGCCACACUCACGGCUUAUUAAGAAUGUAUAUGUUAUAUCCUGUGCAAUUGAAUAGGCUCUGUAUGAUAUAAUGGUCAUCUACUGUCGAAAUAUUAUUUCAACAAACACAAGUGCUACUUUGAUAUAACAUCAUUUUCUAUUGAUUAGAUUUGAAGCCUUGUAAUUGAACCAUGAUUAUAGUCCUGUGUGAUGACGCCACAGCCGAUAGUCCUGAUGAAGUUCCAGUUUAAAACACGCAUGAUGACGUCACAGCUGAUGGUACCAAGGAACUUCUAGUUCACACGCGUAGAACGUAGAACGUGUGUGUUUAUUGAACUUGACACAAUGGUUGUUAUGAAUGUAGAACAGCGACAAUACAGAUUUCUUCCAAUGAAGACCCAAGUACCAUUUCCUCGUUAGACCAUAUCUCCAUACUGUGGAUAUGUCGUAUGAUAUUUGUACAUUAAUCUUGUUAUGGGCUAUUCUAGUAUGACAAACAGCCCAGGAGGAGAAUGUGAUAUUGGAAUCAUUACCAGAAGAGAAUUAUCAUUCUGAUUGUAUCAGUUGAAGGUAUUAUCCAUAGUAAGGGCCGGCCAUCUUUGGAUGGUAGCCCAUUUACAGCAUGGUUGCAACUGGUUGACCGUUACACGUGAUCGCUCUGUUUUUAGAGCAUAUUGUAUACCAAUAACUGCUGAAAAUGCUCAAAUUGCAAUAUUUGUUCUGCUCUGCUGCUGGUCCUUUGUAAAAAGGGUUACCAUUGAUGUUGUAUAUUUCAGAGGUUACACUCGUCGUCAAUGCUAUAUUCGGCCUUAUGUUCCCCAAUCACCUGUGACUGCUGACGGCCGAUGAUGGCAUUGCAUAGUGUUUGUUUCUAGUCAGGAAAUGGAGCCCAAUCUGCGUCAACCGUAACUCCAUGAUUCGCAUUUCAGUAAAACUAUACUAUUAACCGCAGUUCUUCAUUGACUCAUUACGGACCAAUCAAAUUUCAACAUAGUGGAACAUUCGUCACCACUCGCCCCUUUCCGUAACCUCCAAGCGGUAUUCGGCUAGUCCCGGAAUAACACGAGUUGGUCACGGAAUAUAAUUGAAAGAAAAUAGGUAAGGGAGGUAACUCGCAAUACCAAGACUGGGCAUGAAGAUAUCCUUUCCACGAAAAAAGACGUAUGAGGGUUUGUUUUAAUUUCUUGCAAUCUUGAUGACAGGUGCCAUGGUAUAGAUACUGCCAAGUUUAGAUUGUAAAUCGCAAUCUUGGCACGGAAGACCUUGUAGCGUAGCCAAAUUGGCAAAUGGCAAUCAAGGGCGGGUAAUUUCUGACUUUAAGAACAAACGGAUUGUAUCCAGGAUUUAGCACAGGGAUGCCGAAAUGCAAUCCCAGGAGAUAUACCGAAUGUCCUACUCGGUGCUUGAAGUCAUCGCAAAUCCUUUCUGGUACUGAAACUAUCUGUAGAUGGAAGAAGGGCUAUGAUAAGUUUUACAUGAGAACCAUUUUCUUCUGUACGGUGUAACAUCAGGUUUGAUAGGUUAACGCAAAACAGUCGUAUUCACAGGGGAUGGGGUACAAUGGUGCAUACAAAUCCGUGAUGACGAUACGGCCAAUUAUGCUUGUAUAUUACCCUUACAGUCAUUGUUUAUUGCGGAUCUUCGUGAAUACGAACGGUUCGGUUUCCAGUAAAAUACAUGUACAAUUGUCGUUUUGUGUACGACAUAGAGGCACAAGGUAUACUUGAAUUUGUGGUUUCAUUAUGUUCAUUGACGUCACCUGGGUCACAACAAACAUAUCGCUUGUUGGUCGGAAUUUAGCGUUAAAACGACAAUUGCCGCUAGAAAUAUAACAUAUACAUAGCCUUUGAGUGACAUGUUUGUGAUCCCAGUGACUGGGUCUAUCCAAGAAGUGCGGAUGCACAGACAUUGAGGAUAAAUGUGUGUGAUUACUAUAGGAGGUCUUUUCCGAAGUUAGGUAUUUGGGUAGCUGAAAACUGAAAUUUCUUUCUUUAACGAAAUUUAAUUCUUAAAAGUAGAGUUACAUUUCCGACGAACUGCAAUCGAUUUGUUGUGCCUUUGUGGUAUUUUUAAUUCAUCUUUGCAAAUUUGAACGCCAUCACCAUUUCUUGAAAAACAUAUUUAAUCAUAUAUUAUUGAAUAUUUACAGUUUUAUUUUCAGAAAUGUAUUUUUGACGAUGGGUAUUGUUCAUGUUGCAUGUAUGAAGGAUGUCUGGUCUUUGACUGCAAGUUUUGAAAUAAAUCUGUUAGCGGUAUACAAAUCCGUCCUAAAUAAUUUUAUGACUGAAAUUACUUUCAUACUCUUAGCCUUUCACUUCGAAGAGCGUCGUUUGGUUUGAGUGACUUUCAUUUGUCUACUACAUUUGGUUUAUCAGAGUCAGGGUAUUUACUUAAUCAUGUAUUUUAAUUCUUCUAUGAAAAUGCUUCAUUUUAUGUUUUUAUGACAGCAAAUCAAUCCUCACGUGUUAACUUAAGCACAGAGAUGAUUCUAUAAUAUGAAGUUUUAUGCUCAUUUGUUAAAAAGCCGACUAAGGUAUAAACGCAAUGCGAUGCUGGUGUUUACGUCCAUAGUGACAACGGCUGUAAUCAGUCAAAGGAACCUGUAAACCGAAAGCCAUUCGUCUAUUUUCGUGGCCUACAUUCGGCUCUACACGGAACGACACGAAGGUUGACGAGUGAAUAAUUGUUAAAGGCACCAUAUCACACCACACUUCUCUAAACUUAAAUAAUACAUUUCGCAUUCGCCUCGAAGUUUCAAUUAACGAUUUCAGCGAAGUCGUAAGGGAUAGUAAGUCUUUUAUUGCAUCAAUAGGAAACUAAAGGGAGUGCAAAUGCCCCAAUAUAUAAAACAUAGGCCAGAAUAGUGUCGAAAAUGUGUGACAUUGUGCCCUUAAGCUCCGUUGCAUUGCGUUUAUGCUUUACGUCGCUUUCCACAACGUGGCGCUUUUAUGUUAUGAAGCUAUGAUCUCUGCCUUCAGCAUGUUGCCUCUAGUCAUGUAACCAUGUACCAUUAAAACUGGUUAACAGAUUUA